AUGUCUGAAACCCGGGUUCGUCUCCGACCUUUCCGGGCGGAGCAUGUUGGCUCACUACUUAGACCCGAAAGCCUAAAACAGAAGCGUCUGGCUCUCGAGACCGCUAAUAAAUCCGCCAAUGAAAUCAGAGGCGAUGCCGGCAUGAGAAAGGCGGAAGACGAAGCCAUUCAACAAGUUGUAAGAUUGCAGCAGGAACUCGGCUUUCGCGCUGUCACUGAUGGAGAGUAUCGGCGUCGGGACUUCUGGGGCCCCAUAUUCUACAAUCUGAAAGGAUUUGAAGAGUUGCGUGUCAGAGAUCCAGCAGAGCUACUUCGUCCGUAUGUUCCGGAUUCUGUUUGCUGGACCGAUAAGACUCUUGCUUCUAUCUCUGGAGAGCUCCUCAUCUGUACCUCGAAGAUCGAGCACGUCGGAAGCGGCGCUCUCACUGAAUGGAACACCAUCAAGAGUCUGCUUUCUCCAGACCAAGUGAAGGAUGCCAAGAUUUCAUUGCCUAAUCCGGAGCUGUUUCAUCUGCGCUACAAGAAAGGUCGAGCGUACACCAAGGAAGCAUACACCAACGACGAAGACUACCUCAAUGAUAUUGCUCAGGCAUAUCGCACAGAGUUGCAAAUUCUUUAUAACGCAGGCUGCAGGCACGUCACAAUCGAUGAUCCAAACUUGGCAUAUUUCUGCUCGGAAAUGAUGAUCCAGGGCUUCAAGGAGGCUGGGGAAGAUAUAGACUCCCUCUUUGACAGCUAUGUUAGGCUGUAUAACGGAUGUAUUAUCCGCCCUGCAGAUAUGCAUCUUGCCAUCCAUGUCUGUCGGGGUAAUGCACUCAGCCGACAUGUCUCCGAAGGAGGAUAUGAUCCCGUCUCUAUCAAGCUCUUUCAGGAAAUCAACGCUGACACAUACUAUCUCGAGUAUGACACGGAACGAUCGGGAACAUUCGAGCCCCUGGAACACCUUCCGGGCCACAAGAACGUUAUCCUCGGCGUCAUCUCCAGCAAAUUUCCCAGAUUGGAGGAACUUUCUGAAUUAAAGGCCAAAGUUCUUGACGCCGCUACCCACAUGGCAAGAGGGGCCAGCCAGUCACUACAAGAGGCGUUGGAUAGAUUGAGUGUCAGCCCUCAGUGUGGGUUUGCAAGUUCCCAUCUUGGUAACCUCAUCACGUGCGAUGAUAUGGUAGCCAAAUUAAAACUUGUGCGAGCACUGGCCGAUGAACUUUGGCCGGGAGAACCUUAA